AUGAACAGAUUUGUUGAACUUCCUAUUCCGGUCGACGCUUGUCCGUCUUGUAGUGGCAACUGGGGGUUAUCGUGGAUGUUGAACGUGGUCUCCAUCCCCGCCAUCGCUAGUCCGCCUUGUAGUGGCAACUGGGGGUUAUCGUGGAUGUUGAACGUGGUCUCCAUCCCCGCCAUCGCUAGUCCGCCUUGUAGUGGCAACUGGGGGUUAUCGUGGAUGUUGAACGUGCUCCCCAUCCCCGCCAUCGCUUGUCCGCCUUGCAGUGGCAACUGGGGGUUGUCGUGGAUGUUGAACGUGGUCUCCAUCCCCGCCAUCGCUAGUCCGCCUUGCAGCGGCAACUGGGGGUUGUCGUGGAUGUUGAACGUGCUCCCCAUCCCCGCCAUCGCUUGUCUAUCUUGCAGAUCAAAAGAAAACAUUGUUUGA